AGACACAGCCAUGGAUCCCUCUGCGUCGGAUGAGGUUGGGGACGAGUGCAAGGAGAGCAGGAAGAUCCACUUUGCUGUGCAGUCCUCGGCACCCACCCAACUGGACCCCCGGCAAGUAGAGAUGAUCCGGCGCCGGCGGCCUACACCUGCAACACUGUUCAGAGUGGCAGACCAGUGUUCUCCUGAGGAUGAUCAGUCCASCCAUCAGUGGAUUGUAGGAGAGAAUGGGGUACUCAAGCCCAAGCGAGUCAACCCAAAUGUGUAUCAGCCACCAUCCCUGAAAGCCGUCCAGAAGAUGGCUGAGGCACACAUGCAAAACCUGGGUGUCUACCCCCCCUUGGAAGACCCCUUUGAGGGGGAGGAGUACGAUGACUACCCCUGUCAUGAGGAGAGGGAGGAAAGAUUCCCCACCAAAGCUGCUGACCCCCAAGCGACCAGCACCAUAGACCAAUCAGAGAAGCCGGAUGAAGGGGAAGAGGAGGAAGAGAAAGAGGAGGAAAAGACAGAAGAAAAGACAGAGGAGAAGGCAAAGAAAGUGCGCAAAAGUGUAAAGUUUUAACACUACUUUGGAAAAGAAUUAUGAAGGGAGAGAGAUGGUGGCAGAUGUGUGAAUGAUUGAGUGAAUGAAUGAGUGAUUUUAAUGUGUGAACGUGUGAGUGAGAAAGAGAGCUUCUAAGUUUGGAUGGUAAGUAUUAAAAUUAAAUGAAUGAAUGAAUGAAUGAAUGUAGGUAGGUACUGUCGGCAAAUCUGUGAG